AUGAAUGCUGCAACAGCCUCCCGAUUUACUGGACGAAAAACAGUCUUAUGGCUAACAAUACCACUCAUCGCCGCAACAACAUACAGUCUCUCGAGAGCACGAUUCGGUCAAGUGUCGGCACAAAAGAAAUACGAGACUCAAGAUUUCACACGUGAUCCUGUAGAGAUCCAGAAUUUACGACAAGAAUGGUUGAAACAGAACAAUGGGUUAGGGCUGCGUGAUGUAUCAAGAUCUUGCGGUGGUGUUUAA